AUACAACCAGGAAGAAGGAAGGUGGGAUAGCUCCUAAAAAAGCUAAGAUCCCGUAAUCUGUCAGAAAACGUUCCUUGAAAAUGACGGGAUCUUCCAGGUGGAAGAUAGCAGCUGUGAUCUGGUUGAGCUUAUUGUUGCCAGCCCGGGCAGAUGAACAUGAGCACACGUACACAGAUAAAGAGGAGGUGGUUUUAUGGAUGAAUACGGUGGGACCGUAUCACAACAGACAGGAGACCUAUAAGUACUUCUCUCUGCCGUUCUGCGCGGGCUCCAAAAAGACCAUCAGCCACUACCACGAGACCCUGGGGGAGGCACUGCAGGGAGUGGAGCUCGAGUUCAGCGGCCUAGACAUCAAAUUUAAAGAGGAAGUGAUGCAGACGACAUACUGUGAAAUCGAGCUGGACAAAGCCAAGCGGGAUGCCUUUGUUUACGCCAUCAAGAAUCAUUAUUGGUACCAGAUGUACAUUGAUGACCUUCCCAUCUGGGGAAUUGUUGGAGAGGCAGAUGAGAAUGGGGAAGAUCAUUAUCUUUGGACCUACAAAAAGCUGGAGAUUGGGUUCAAUGGAAACAGGAUAGUGGACGUUAAUCUGACCAGUGAGGGCAAAGUCAAGCUUGUGCCAAACACAAGAAUCGCCAUGUCCUACUCUGUAAAAUGGAAGAAGUCGGAUGUGAAGUUUGAAGACAGAUUUGACAAAUAUCUUGACCCUUCCUUCUUUCAACACAGAAUUCACUGGUUCUCCAUAUUUAACUCCUUCAUGAUGGUCAUAUUCCUGGUGGGUUUGGUCUCUAUGAUCCUGAUGAGAACACUGAGGAAAGACUAUGCCAGAUACAGUAAAGAGGAAGAGAUGGAUGAUAUGGACCGUGACCUGGGAGAUGAGUAUGGUUGGAAGCAGGUCCAUGGUGACGUGUUCAGACCCUCCAGCCAUCCAUUAAUCUUCUCCUCCCUGAUUGGCUCGGGCUGUCAGAUCUUCUCCGUUUCUCUCAUCGUCAUCAUCGUCGCCAUGAUCGAGGACCUCUACACUGAGAGAGGGUCCAUGCUGAGCACGGCCAUAUUCGUCUACGCCGCCACCUCCCCAGUGAAUGGCUACUUCGGGGGCAGUUUGUACGCAAAACAAGGCGGGAGAAGAUGGAUAAAACAGAUGUUUAUAGGAGCAUUUUUGAUCCCUGCCAUGGUGUGUGGCACAGCUUUCUUCAUCAACUUCAUCGCGAUCUACUACCACGCCUCCAGGGCUAUCCCUUUCGGCACCAUGGUUGCUGUUUGCUGUAUCUGUUUCUUUGUAAUCCUACCUCUGAACCUGGUGGGGACGAUUCUUGGCAGGAAUCUCUCUGGUCAGCCCAACUUCCCCUGCAGAGUUAAUGCUGUGCCCAGGCCCAUCCCGGAGAAGAAAUGGUUCAUGGAGCCGGCUGUCAUUGUGUGUCUUGGAGGGAUCCUGCCGUUUGGCUCAAUAUUCAUUGAAAUGUACUUUAUUUUCACGUCGUUCUGGGCCUAUAAGAUUUAUUACGUGUACGGCUUCAUGAUGCUGGUGCUGGUUAUCCUGUGUAUUGUCACUGUGUGUGUGACAAUUGUCUGCACUUAUUUCCUGCUCAACGCUGAAGACUACAGAUGGCAGUGGACAAGCUUUCUUUCUGCAGCAUCCACAGCAGUUUAUGUUUACAUGUAUUCCUUUUACUAUUAUUUCUUCAAAACAAAGAUGUAUGGUUUGUUUCAGACAUCGUUUUACUUUGGUUACAUGGCUGUGUUCAGCACUGCCCUCGGGAUCAUGUGUGGAGCUGUUGGCUACAUUGGAACAAGUGCCUUUGUUAGGAAGAUCUACACAAACGUGAAGAUUGACUAGUCAACCGACCAACAGAGACGCUGAGACGCGGGCUCUGCCUCCACGCUCCCCUAGCACUGGCAGGCACAAGUCUUCAUUUCCUUUUUUGCAAGAAGAGAUUGCGGUAUCUUACCUUGUACAAAAUUGAAUUUUUUUCAUAUUUCAAAAACAAAUUCAAGUCCCUAAAUGAUGUGUACACAUGGCAAAAUAGGAGAUAAAUAAAUAUAAACUUUAUUAUUUUUUUUUAAACGACUACUUUCCAAUGGUGUUUUUGUUUUUGUGUUCUGGAACAAAUGUUUGGGGUUGAAAAUGUUAAUGUAAGCAACAAAAAGAAAAAAAAAAAAAAAUUGUGAACCACAACAGCAUCAACCCAGUCCUACUCUCACUACCAACAGUGACUGUAAGUAUAGUGUUCUGUUGACGGAAUAGUCUAGAUCUCUUCAGUGAAGAGGCAAAAGUGUGUCGGAGGCCUUUAUUCUAUUAUAUGAGAAUAUUGGAGAGUUGGGUUUGUGUUCUUGCUCUAACUUGGAUCUGUUUUGUUUUACUGAGUCAUAGGAUGCCAUCGUUAAAGUAUUCUGGUUAAAUAGCUACACCACUCCGAUUACACCCAAGAGGAUUCAAUGAUUUGCCGCUUCAAAACGUCCAGAAAUAUCUUUUUAAAAGCUCAUAUACUGGGCUGUUGUAGGACACUUGCUGGAGCUUUUCCCAAGAUGAAGAAUGAUUUUUCUUUUUUUUUUUUUUUGCUAUUUACAGUCUGUUUCAAUGCAUUAACCUAAUGCCAAUACUUGGGACAAACUUGUCUUAGUCUGGUUUCCUGUGCAGGUAAAGAGAAGUGGGAGCGCGUUGUCUGCGCGAGAUUGAGUUCUCGUUGCAGAAUGUUUUAAUUGGACGUUUGACGUGGUCACGUUUUUCCCGUUCAGUCUUAUCUUAAAUGUCUGGGUUCGAUGAAGUCUUCUCAAAGAUAAUAUAUGGGUAGGGGGAAACCAUGUAUAUAACCUGAAUAAUGUAAGUGUAGAUGUAGAUCCCAAAUAUGUAUUUUGGUUGUACAGAUUUAUUACAGGGUGUGCUUUGUUUUUUUUUUAAAAGACAUUCAAUCGGAAGAUUAUUUUUAGGAGCUUGGGUUGGAAUGGGUGGCACUGUUACAUCUUGCCUGAGAUUGCAUGAAGUUUUGACCUGACUGAAAGAACAUCAAAUUCCGUUUCUCUUUUCUUUUUUUCCUCUCUAACGUUUUCUUCCUCUAAAGUUUCUAAUUGCUGGCGCACGAAUGGCUCCUGUUCAUUUUGGUCAUGAGGAUCUCGAGGCUGUCUCAAAAAAAACAAAACAAAACAAAGUGCUUCACGUACUUUGUGCUGCUCGUAGGGGAGGUUAGUCAACAUGGGCUUUUUGUUCGUUUGUCUGUUUAUAUUUCCUUUGAUUUAAAGCUUUAUAAGGCUCUCCGUACGUUGGUCGGCCAUCUCUUUCACGCUAACUUUGAUAACUACGACCUGAACCAACGUUGUGAAUGUCCGGCAAAUUGAGGCGUAUUUGCUCAGUUUCUGCAGACAUACUGUACAAAGUCAUUGUACACUUUGCUUGAUGUUUUCAUGACUAUAGAAAGUGCUACGGAGUACUUCCACCAUGUUGUCUUCUUUUUGUUGUUUUGUUGUGUAAAUACACUAUGUACCUGAAAAUG